UGUUCCAGACGGCCGGCGCGGUUAUCCGACGCCACCGCGCCAGCAGAUUUUCACCGCCAUCUGCAGCAGCAAGGCAUCUUCCUCACCGGUCUGAUUUCCCUGGACCGCUCCCCAUCGGGGCAGACAGCCAUAGCCGGUGGCGGCCGGUCCGUUGAGGUUGUCACCUGCUGCCGGGCUUGUUGUUGUUGUUUGGCGACGGGAGUCCGUGGUGAGUACACAUUUCCGUCACGACGAAAAUUGAUGCGCCGAGCUACACAGGCCGAACGGCGUGAAUUUGAGACGGGGAGAAAAUUCCCGCCCGAACCGCACGGCCCGGUCGACGCUUUCCUCGUUCAGGCCUGGACCUGGGAAAGCCUGCAGAAUGCAUGAGCCCAUCGCUGGGACUACGCGGGGUGGUGGGUGGGAGCUUUAGCACAUCGGCGGCCCGGCCAAUCAUCGUCCCCAGCCCGGGGAGGACGCCCCUGGCACCGCCCGCCAGGUGCGGGAAACCCACACACUACAGGUUUCCUGGCUGGAUACUGGCGCACACAACAGGCACAUCCCAGCCGGGAGGGCAGAGAGGGCUGGAUGUCUGCACCGGCGAGGACAUCGUAUUGGCUGUCACACUCGGAGCCUGUAGCCAGCAGAUGUCGUCCCUUGUCAUGGAUUAUGUGGCGCGGGUGCGGUGGCCUUGGUGUUAAGAAGGCGUCAUCGGACCGUGGGUGACCGGUGGGCUGGUCCUCUCGCCCUCGUGCUUUGCUCCGUGCGGCCCUGCACGGGUCUUGUGUUCUGCAAACCCCCCUGUGAGAGCCAUGUCCAUCUGGCUUCCCCCCGGUUUCGACAUGCCGACGGUGCCGGAAGAGGACCGGUACGAGGGGACCGAGCUUGAUGCCAACGUAACGGAGGGCAUGUUCUUUUUUCGGUUGGGAUAAGUAACGAUGGCAACGUGGUAUAUGCUAACAAGCUAUCCUUGUCUACUAAAGCGCUCCCAAAGGGCGCCGUGGUCAAAUGUGUCAAGACAAACCCCUUUUGCAGCUUCUGGGCCAUCAACAGCAAGGUCAUUAUACGUCUCCGGGACGGCUCCGAGAAGUCGCUGUUCCUCAAGUUCUACACAGUCCCAGGGGCCGACGAUAUCGCCCAGGCCGAGUUCGAGGGCUCCCAGACUCUGUCCCGCGCCCUCCCCGACAACGCCACCAGGCCCGUCGCCUGGGGCCGCUGCGCCUCGCGGCCCGGCUGGGCCUUCUUCCUGGCCGAGUUCCGGGACAUGACGCCCAUGCGGCCGGGACUCCCCGCGCCCGCCGAGGUGGCCGCCGUGGUGGCGCGGCUGCACGGGCACCGAUCCCCCUGCGGCCGCUUCGGCUUCCACGUUGGCACUUUUGCCGCCACCCAGGUGAUCGACACGUCCUGGUGUGACACGUGGGAGGCCUUCUUCGCCCGCAACCUCGCCGCCGUCCUCGCCGCCGAGCUGGCAGCCCAGGGCCCGGACCCGGAGCUGGAGGCCCUGUCGGCCGUGCUGCUGGGCAGGGUCGUGCCCCGCCUCAUCCGGCCGCUCGAGACGGGCGGCAACAAGAUCGAGCCGGUGCUGCUGCACGGAGACCUGUGGCACGGCAACAUCGCCGUCGACACCGAUACCGAAAACGUGCUGCUUUAUGACCCGUGCUGCUUCUACGGCCACCGUGACUAUGAUUUCUCGCAGUUUAAAACAUCCAGGAAUCUUGCAGAUAAGGAGUACUACGAGGCAUAUCUGAACCUGGUGGAGCAGACUCACGGCCUACGGGUGGAGGACGAUCCGGAAAGAUACGACCUCUGGACUCUCUAUGCGAUCAGGUCAUCCUUGCUCGUCUCGACGCUAUGGAAGGAUCACAAGGAGAUGAGACAAGACGCCAUCGCAUCGAUGCGGUAUCUUACGGCCAAGUACGGAGAUGCAUAUUAUGGGGCGGGGCAAGAUUGCGAGGACAAGUAGAUGGAGUCUGUGACAACAAGGGCAACCGGGUCUUACAGUCAUAAUACUUGUAGUCGUUAGAAUAUAGACUAGACAGCCGUGGACACUGUGAGAAUGAGCCACUUUAACCCAGCUCGUGGAUUUCUGGCUUGUAGCUGUAAAAUUAAGAUUGCA